AAGCAUGGAUAAGUGAUUGUGAUUCUCAUAAUGUUGUAUGGAAUCAAGCCAAUCUAGAUUUUACAAGCGAUCAAUCUGAAUGUUUAGUGUUUAGCACUUCAGUAUCACUUUCCAAAUAUUGUUUUCAACUCCAUAUUUAUAAAACUACUCGUUGGGAAGAUGAUAUUGACAAUAGUCAAGACACAUGUUACAAAGUUGAAGGCUAUGAAGCUGGCUGGCAAUUAAGCCAAAUUGAUUGUGGAGAAAUUCCUUCAAACAUAACAUCUUGUAAUGAAUAA